UCAACCAAAAGCAUUUCUGGAUUCAAGUUUGGUAAAAAAACCAUGCGAAUUCCUAUAUAUUUCUCAAAAGAUUGACUAAAUUUGGAAAAUAACAAACUAAAAAUCCUUGCUUUUAGCUCUCAGAGUUCCUCCAAGCUUUUCUUUGUGCUCCAUGCACAGUUAGCCAUGUUAGGCAGUCUUCUACUAUUGCUGUUGUUCUGGUCGUCUGCUUUUUCAUUUCCAGGAGCUUUUGCAUAUAGUCGGUUGACGAAGGGCUCAUCUCUAUCGGUCGAAAACCAAGAGGACUUUUUGAUUUCUCCAAAUGGUCUAUUCACGGCUGGGUUCCACUCUGUUGGCAUCAAUGCUUACUCUUUUGCAAUUUGGUUUACUGAAAAGCUAAGUAAUCGCACUAUAGUGUGGAUGGCUAACCGAGACCACCCUGUAAAUGGAAAACACUCGAAGCUCACUCUACUCAAGGAUGGUAAUCUCAUCUUAUCUGAUGCCAGUAAGUUCAUUUCUUGGGCGACUAACACAGUGUCAGCUUCUUUUGUUCAGAUACUCCUUCAAAACAAUGGAAACCUUGUCCUGACAGAAAAGGAUAAUGUUCUGUGGCAGAGUUUUGAUGUUCCUACGGACACUCUUCUCCCAGGACAACCUUUAACUAGGUACACAAGGCUAAUUUCAUCAAGGAGCCAAAAUAAUUACUCUUCAGGUUUCUAUAAGCUUUUCUUUGAUGAUGAUAAUGUCCUACGUCUGGUUUUCGAUGGCCCUGAGACAUCUAGCAUCUAUUGGCCUGACCCUUGGUUGUUAAGCUUUGAAGCCGGAAGAACAAGGUACAAUGACAGCAGGGUUGCGGUACUCGAUUCAUGGGGUCACUUCCAAUCAUCUGAUCGAGUUGGGUUCAGGGCUGAUGAUUAUGGUCCUGGCAUACAGAGAAGGUUGACCCUUGAUUUUGAUGGUAACUUUCGUUUAUACAGCCUUGAUACCACUACAAGGAGUUGGAUUGCUUCAUGGAUUCAUGGUGUUUGUGGUCCCAACAGUUUGUGCAGCCAUUAUCCUAGGAGUGGCAGAAAGUGUUCUUGUCUUCAAGGAUACAGAGUUAAAAAUUACACUGACUGGGCUUAUGGAUGUGAGCCUGAGUAUCAGCUGCCAUGCAACAGCAGAGAGCCUAAGGCCCUUGCACUCGCCAUUGACCAGCCAGCAAAAAUAUCCAGCUUAAUUUGCUCAAGUUCAAGCAUUGUAACAUUGAACAGGACUUACAAGAAGAAAGGUGAGAGGGAAUCAGUAAGAAUUCUGCUCUGGUUUGUCCCUGCUCUGGGAUUGCUUGAGAUGAUCUGCAUUGUUUCAGUAUGGUUUUUCUUGUAUAGAUCUCGCAGGACCUCAGAUAAGCAACCUUACGUGCAUUUGUCAACAGGAUUCAGAAAAUACUCCUUUAGUGAGCUAAAGAAAGCUACUAAAAAUUUUGGUGAAGAGAUAGGACGAGGGGGUAGUGGGAUAGUGUAUAAAGGUGUGCUGUUGGAUCAUCGUGUGGCAGCAGUUAAGCGACUCAAGGAAGCUAACCAAGAUGAAGCAGAAUUUUUAGCAGAGUUGAGCAUUAUUGGGAGGCUUAACCACAUGCACUUGAUAGAUAUAUGGGGAUACUGUGCAGAGGGAAAACACCGGCUUUUGGUGUAUGAGUACUUGGAACACGGUUCAUUAGCCGAAAACUUGCAUUGUACUGUGAUUGACUCGAAGAUGAGGUUUGAAAUUGCUCUAGGCACUGCAAAAGGCCUUGCUUAUUUACACGAAGAGUGCUUGGAGUGGGUUUUGCACUGUGAUAUAAAGCCUCAGAAUGUACUUUUGGACUCCAACUACCACCCAAAGCUAGCAGAUUUUGGACUUUCAAAGCUAUUGAGGAGAGCUGAGGUUAAUGAUUUGAGCUUUUCAAAGAUCAGGGGAACCAGAGGCUACAUGGCUCCUGAAUGGAUUGGCAAUCUUCCCAUCACUUCAAAAGUUGAUGUUUACAGUUACGGAGUGGUCCUGCUGGAGAUGGUGACUGGAAGGAGCCCCAAAAUGCACGUUCAAACAUUUGGUGUCGGAGGAGAAAUGGUCGAGAAAACAUUGAUUGAGUGGGUUAGGGAAAUGGUAAAGGGAGAUAGUGAAAUUACAUCCUGGAUUGAUGAAAUAUUAGACCCCCUGCUGGACAAUACUCAAUGUGAUAAAGGAAAAAUGGCAUUACUAGUUAGGGUUGCUUUACAUUGUGUUGAGGAAGAUAGAAAAGUUAGGCCAACCAUGAGACAGGUUGUAGAGAUGCUUCUCCACUAAUAAAAACUGUUUGUAGCAAUAUUCCUCCUGUGUUAUGGAUGACAAGCUAGACAGAAAUGAUAUCCAAUUUUGAAGUUGAUUUGUAAUUUGUUUAGUACAGAGUAAUAAAAUUGAAAAAGAUUUAAUGAGCGAGCAA